UCACUGGUCAUGUUAAAGAUGAUAAAAAAACGUAGUGCAACGUAGAUCAGCAUUGAUAUCCAAUUAAAAAUAAGAUGAAAAUGAAGACAACUUUCGCUCUGUUGUUUGUUUUCGUUGUGAUUCUCCCUUCGGUUCACAGCAAAGCAAUUCUAGAGGACAGACUGACUAAUGAUCGUGCCGACCUUCGAGAACCUGGCAUUGACAGAACAGAUAGAAGAUACUCUGAAGUAGAACCUAGAAGAAGCCUUGCUGAUUUGGAAGGAUCGAGACUGAAGAUUGGCAGGGCAAAUGGCAUAAAUUUUGCAAGAGGGGCUUUAAGACGUGCAAGACCGCAAAGGACGCGAAGUGGUUCUGGUACACGAAGGCGCCCGACAAUGCUUAGACGAACUUUUGGAAGACCAUGCAGGCCAUGUGAUAGAGAAAUGUUGUAAUCGUAUUUGUAUGAUUUUUAGAGUGUGUCCACAUUUCAUUAUAUUGUUUUUGUUUAUUUUUUUAGAAAUACAUUUAGUUUCAUUU